CUAGGAUAUCCGGUUCUUUGCCAGCUUAUGCAAUUGAACUUGUGCUGACUCUCGUGAGCUUGAUUGGACUGGCGGUCGCUGGCCGCGGUUGGCUCUGGCCUUAUUUAUCCGGCCUAAAGCGUUUCUUGGAUCGCACCAAUAGCCAAAAAUCACGCAGCAGAUCACUACAACAGACAAAGAAUCCUUACAACCGACCGCCUCUUGACAUUCUGUAUUCUGCACUCAGUGAGGAUGAUAUAGCAGUCGACAUCAUUGCAGUUCAUGGUCUCGGCUCAAAUGUGGAUUGGUCCUGGACUUGGAAAGGUCCCAACGAAGGAUCCCGACCACCUACUCAUUGCAACUGGUUGCAAGACCCGACCAUGCUGCCUAGGAUUAUACCACAGUCGCGGAUCAUGGUGUAUAAUUAUGAUUCGCGAUGGCACAUGGAUGCCCCAAAGACGCGUCUUCAACUGUGCGGGGAGGAGUUGGUCCACAGUGUGCAUCGAUUCCGCAACGGAAUCAACCGCCCGAUCAUCUUCAUAGGGCACAGUCUAGGGGGAAAUGUCAUCCAACAUGGGCUAUUAUUUGCCGACAACCAUGAUCAGUUCAGCUAUAUGCCCUCCGUCACCGUCGGCUUAAUAUUUCUGGGCACACCUUUCCGGGGGUCCAAAAUGCAAUCCUAUGCCAACAUCGCCGUCCAGUCAUUGGCGAUGAUGGCAUCCCAUGGCGGGAUUAUUCAGGAUCUGACCUAUGACAAUCCCGCACUCACUGAUCGCUUACAUGCCUUUUGCAAUCUGCAACGAAAAGAACGGUUGCCGACAUGUUGUUUCUUUAAACUUCGCGAAACCAGUUAUGGGAGAAAGUUGGGGGUCCCUGGAUGGGCCAAGGGGAUGGUGGUGGAAGAGACUUCUGCAUGUAUUACGGGCUUGAAAAGGUUCCCUCUGCAGUCUGAUCAUCUGGCAUUGAACAAAUUCCAAGGCCCGGAUGAUCGGUCUUUCCUGAGCGUUUCAGACGAGAUUCGUGGCAUGGUCAUGAACUCCACGGACCUCAUUCAACAACGAAAGCUAGUAUUAUCUCAGCAUCACUGGAUGGUUCCAUUUGGGCGUAACCGCGACUUCACCGGGCGGGAAUCAGUUCUGGAGCCGCUUCAUACCGAGAUCAGUCCCUUUUCGGAUGAGGAUGCCUGUCAAAGAACCGCUAUUGUUGGCCUGGGGGGAAUAGGGAAAACGCAAAUUGCUCUGGAGUCUGCGUACCGUCUUCGCAAAUACUGCUCCGUCUUUUGGGUUCCAGCGGUAGAUGCCAUGACCUUUGAAAAGGCCUACCGUGAGAUAGGCGAGAAGCUCGGGAUUCCUGGUAUCAAUAACGGGAAAAAUGACGUCAAGCGACUUGUCAAAGAUGCCUUGAGUCGGGACAGUUUCGGAAACUGGCUUUUAAUUAUUGACAAUGCCGAUGAUCCCGACCUCCUCUUUGGCAAGGCAGCGCUGUCAGAGUAUCUCCCAUCCAGCCUGAAAGGGUCCAUCUUAUUCACCACACGAACCCAGCAGGUGGUACAGCGGUUAGAUAUAUCUCCCAGAAAUACGAUCAACUUGGGAGAAAUGACCAAGGGGGAGUCGGUUGAACUCCUGAAGAAGCUACAUGCAUCUGCUCACGAUGACCAUGAAAGCGUGGAAAGCUUGCUCGAUCUUCUUGUUUGUCUCCCGUUGGCUAUCAAGCAGGCAGCUGCUUACAUGGGGGAAACCGGAGUUUCGGUGGCACAAUACCUUCAAUUCUGUCGCUCAAGCGAUAAGGCACAGGCGAGACUAAUUAGCAAGGAUUUUGGGGACCAAUACCGCUACACCGAAAUUGAGAAUCCGAUUGCAACGACAUGGAUCAUUUCAUUUCGGCAAAUCGAGCGAGAUAAACCGGCUGCUGCAACCUAUCUAGAAUUCAUUUGUCUCCUCGGAGAGAGGGAAAUUCCACUUUCAUUGAUUCCCUAUGAAGGUGAUGAAAUGGAUGUCGCUGAAGCGGUGGGCAUCCUGAAAGCAUAUGCAUUGAUAACGGAACAUGAGGAACCUGGGCUUUAUGAUAUUCACCGACUUGUUCGACUGGCUAUGCGAGCUUGGAUGGACCGAAAGGGCACCUUGGAGAAAUAUAGCAUAGACCUCCUUCAGUGGAUUAGCGAUAUCUAUCCCAAGCCAGAAUACGACAACAAACAUAUCUGGGGAAGGUAUCUCCCGCAUGCGGAAUCCCUUUUUUCGAGUUGUCCUCACGGCAAACAUGAUGAAGUCCAUGAACAACUUCUUUCCAAGAUCGGCGUCUGCUAUGCAUCUUUAGGCAAAUACAAAGAGGCCGAAACGAUGCUUCGACGAGCUUUACAAGCCACGGAAAAGGGACAGGGCCCUGAACAUCCAGCCACGCUAGCGAAUCUGAUUCGACUUGGUGGGUCAUUCUUUGAUCAGGGUCGGUAUCAAGACGCUGAAAUUAUGCAUCGACGAGCCUUGCAGGGCAGCGAGAAGAUACUUGGGCCUGUGCAUCCAUGCACACUGAGUAGUAUGGUAUGUCUUGGUAAUGACCUUGAGAGGCAGGGUCGUUAUAAAGAGGCUGAAACCAUGCAUCGGCGAGCCUUGCGAGGCGAGGUGAAGGUGUACGGCCUUGAGCAUCCAGGUACAUUCAGCACUUUGAAUAACCUCAAUAAUGCCCUGUUGGCGCAAGGUCAGUAUAAAAAGGCUGCAAGAACUGCUCAACGAGUCUUGCAGGGCACUGAAAAGGUGCUCGGACCCGAGCAUCCAAGUACAUUGGCUAGUAUACGUAAUUUUGGUAAAAUUCUUGUACAGCAGGAUCAAUAUGAGAAGGCCGAGGAAAUGUUUCGACGAGCCGUACAAGGCGGGGAGAAAUUAUUUGGGCCUCAACAUCCAAAGACACUGUCCUUUUUACACAAUCUCGGUGUAGCGCUUGGACUUCAGGGCCAGCACAAGGAGGCUGAGCUGAUUUUUCGACAUGUCCUCCGGAGCACGGAGGUGCUUCAGCCUAAUCAUCCGGACAUCCUUUUGACUUAUGAUGACCUCGGUGUAGCGCUUUUAUCUUUGAAUCAGUAUGAGGAAGCUGAGCAGGUACUUCAGCAAGCUGUACAGAGCGCGGAGAAGGCCCUUGGACCUGAACAUUCAUAUACGCUGCUAGCUGCGGAAAAUCUCAAAUUAGCUCUUGAACGUCAGGGUAAGCCCACGCUUGGCAGCGAUUGA